UUAACGACAAUCUAGAUAAGUGGGUUUUCAUUCUGAAUUUAAUAUUUGGACACAACAAUAAAACGGCAGGACUCAGGUUUGAGCGCAGUGGUCGACGUUCGUUCUGUGAUUGUUGCUGUGGCCAAUGGCGCAAAAAGUGGGAGGCAACCAGCGCGAGCUCGCGCGCCAGAAGGCUGCCAAGAAGCAGACCGAGCAGAGCAAAGGCAAGCGGAACGAGGACGGGCUCUCCGCUGCUGCCAGGAAACAACGGGAUGCAGAAAUCAUGCAACAGAAGCAGAAAAAAGCAAACGAAGCAGGGAAAGCAGGCGAGAAGUCCAAGUGAAAAAUGACAUGGAAGAAGAAUUAAACUCACUGGUUUUGAGAACCUCACUUGUUCAGCAUUCUUUCCUGAUAUUUAUGAGAAUGGAUCUGUCGGUUUUGUCUAGACUUCGAGAAUCCAGGAUCCACCAAAUCUUUCUGUGGCAAAACGAUUGCUUGUCGGAGUCACUUUCCAUGGUUAAAUUGAACAAACGCCCCCGACGCGGUGCAGCGUGCAGAGCACCGUCAGCGGCGUAAGCAGGAUGAAGUGGAGCAACUCUUGAUGUGAAAGCAUCUGUGUAACAGUUGUGUAUUUUUGUACAAAAACAGUGUCCCUUUCUGAUUUCAAAUAAAGUGUAUCUUUUUA